AGUUUAGAUGAUACGGGCUGUCGAUAUCUAGGACUAACUAGGACCGUUAUCUUUGUGUGGUUCACUCUUGUUUACGUUUAUUUAUGCCACUAUAUACUAGGACGGACAGUGAGACAGUUUGCUGUUUUAAUGGAAAUUCUCGGCACAUCUUUGCUUUCAUGUCGGGGUAUAAUGAAGACGUCUGUGUACCUGAUGACGGGGGUUGCCUUCAGCUUCGGCAUGAUCGUGGGACUUUUGGUUCGCCUACCCGUGGUGGCCGGUCCGGGCAAAGCGGCCAGUCUCGUCCAGAGCCGUGCCGUGCGUAGCCUCGUCCAUACGGGAGGAUUAACUGACAAUUACCUGGUGGAUUCGAUUUUAAAAGACGGUGAGUUCGAUUAUGUUUCGGACAAGGGGGGAGCAGAAACAGAUCCCAGUGUAUCCCCUAAUGCCCGACUAAUCUUCAACACUGACAAUAGAUUGAGCGACAAUAAGGACCUGAGAAUUGCAGACCAAGGUAAAUACGCCAGCGGUCAGACUCGACGUGAAAUUCAAAAGGUGAAAAACCCUAAGGGUCUGCCAGGUAGUCCCCGGGCUAGAUUAGGUGAGGAAUCUGUGUUAGAGAGCGAUGCUGGGGACUGGGACGCACCCCCUGCCCCGCAUGGCGUCAAGGUGAAUUUAAACGCAAAUGACCAGAAAAUGAAAAAUUUACCCCAAGGGUCUAAUGUCAUCCCUGAACCGGACUCUCUAGACAGGGACGCCAACCCGGGCAUUUCGUAUCCAAUUUCACAACAAACCAAGUUGUCCGAAAAACUCAGCAAAUUGUCGGAUAUUAUUCAAGGAAUUCAGUGGACUGGAAAAUUGGAGAAAUUGUGCCCCUCGGGAUUUACUGAGUCAGCGGUGUCGACCUGGAAAAAGCAAGUUGCUGAGGGCAAAGUCGUCCAUCUUCAAGAUGGUUGCGGUCGGAUGCAAAAUCGUCUGCUUACACUUCAAGAUUCCAGCAAAGCGUGCGCCAGAUACCGACCGAACACGGAUCAGAUUCAAGGAGAAGUCUACUCCUACCACUUGAGCAGAGUUCUAGGGAUGACCAAUGUCCCUCCAACUGUCCUAGCCCGUGUGAAGAGCGUAGAGCCCCAGUGGUCUCACGUCAAUCAAGAGAUCGCCAUGUCACAGUGGGCAGACGACAAGCUGGUGGUGCUAACCAGGUGGAUUGAAAACCUGGAACCGGCUUACAUUCCGAAAGAGUUCCGCGAAGACACUCGGUUAUUACAACCCACUGACUCCCAUCUUACAAACAAGUCAGUGGCUGAAUUGUGCGAGCUCGUCCAAUGGUCAGAUUUAAUCGUGUUCGAUUAUCUGACGGCAAAUUUGGACAGAAUUGUAAAUAAUAUGUUUAAUCAACAAUGGAACUCUCAGAUGAUGGAGAGUCCAGCUCAUAAUUUAGAAAAAGACAAAAAUUCCGGAAGACUGGUUUUUCUGGACAACGAAUCGGGCCUGUUACAUGGCUACCGGUUGUUGGACAAAUACGCUUCCUACCACGAAGCGCUCUUAGAAUCGGUGUGCGUGUUUAGACAGUCGACAAUUGACAACGUGGAAAAACUUUUUUUGGAGGAUAAUAUUGGAGCGGUAUUGCACCAGUCUUUCGUGCUCAACGAGAAAUUUCACCAAGAACUUCCAGGGCUUCCUGAGGCAAAUGUGAAAGUUCUUAAUCAGAGACUAGGUAAAGUGUACGACAAAAUGCAAAGAUGUCGUCUACAGAAUACGAAGAGAUAGUACUGGCUAUAAAACCUAGAUAGCAGGGACUAUUUUUUUGAAAUAUGUUAAAUUUUAUUUAUUUAAUAUAAAAAAAUCUAAGGUGUUCGCAGGUUAAUUGUUGUUAUGUAUUUGAAUUGACUACGCACUGAUUUGUCGUUGCAAAGUAGGUUUUUUCUUGCCCGUUAGAGCCACACUCCAGGGGUUAUUAAUGGAUUUAGCUCCACGUGAAAUGUGCAUCCAUUCAUAUGGUAAUACCAAAGCAGAAAGAUCUAACUAAGAGAAUGUAUGGAAACGGAAGUGUUCCUAAUAUCAUUUUUAUGCUCAUGUCAUGAUCAAAGUCCACAUUUUUCAUUACAAUUACAUUUCAGCAAUAUUCAUAAACAGACGCCACAUACCAUUCAGUCUUCAUGCUAAUGUGUAUCAAUUUUUCCAAUGUCUCUGCUUUUUUUUUGGCAUAAUUGUAAUAUUUUCCUGCUCCGUUUUUU